GGUUGGACGUUAGUGCAAUAAUUUUGUCGUUUAUUUUUUUUAUCGUUUUUAGUACGUUUUUUAUCAUUGUCGGGCUCAGAACCUAUUUGAUUUGCGAACGCUGCUUCGUAAGUGACAACUGAUAACGGUUUUGUUUUCAAAUUCAACUCUGAAUCAACGAUAUCAACUGUCAAACUUUUCGCAACACGACUUCUGUUAUUUCAAUUAGUGUUAGUAAUCCCAGCAUUAUCGAAUAGAGUAAAUAGUAUUACCAGUUUGUUAAUUCAAGGGAUAAUUAAUUGAAGUGUAAUCACGUUUGGAACGAGCAUUUCUCCUUCGAACAUUUUGGAAAUGUUUUUGUGAAAGUUGGUGCCAGUUUUUAGUUGAAUCAUAUCAGUGAAACGACCGGUUCGAGACGCAAAAGCUUGUUGAUUCGUCGAAUCCCAGCUGGAGAAAAAAUCUGCGCCUUUGUCGAUACACGAUAUGUUGUUGGGUAAGGUUUGUGACAGAUUCCCGCUAGUGUCGUUUGUAUUUAGUAGCUACAGCAGCUAAGAAGAAGCCGUUUCCGGUGUUUAUAUGAAUUUGUAUACGAGCAAGUGAACAGAUACACCUCGUAGUCAGUGUACGCUCUUGUUUAAGGGUGCUAAAAGUGUCUGAUUCACCAGAUCGUUUACGGUGUGAUUCGGUUUCAUACGGCCAGCGGAGAAAACAAGUGCAGUGAGACGCACUGUUGUCUGUGGAAUAAUUAUUGACCGCCGACAAUGGAUGUUUGUAAAAGUGGCAUCUGAAGUGAUAAUCGACUCGUGCUGAGUGUUUGCUUUUUACUACCAUAUGUAUUCAUAACAAAUUAAAGAAGAAAAUUGUGUUUCUAUAACCUUGGGAUUAUACUAAAUAUACAGAUAGUAGUUGGAGUUCACUGAAAAUAGUCCAUCAGUUCUAUUUUGGGUAUCAAGUACGAAUUCGCUUUAUCGCCGUCUUGCCGUAUCGAAACAAACCCAGCAGUUGCUGAUAAGACGGAGACACUUACUUUCAUCGCGGAAAUCUAAUACGGAAGAAUACCUUAAGAUUCUUCUCUUCAACUCUUCAAUAGUGACCUAUCGUAUUUCUUAUGCAGAUCAAGCUUAAGCAGUGCUGCCGAACCUAUCCCACCGUUGGAAACCGUUCUAACUAAACGUCACGUCGGAUUUCCAUUUGAUCUCACAGCUCGAGCUCAGACAGUAAUAGAAGAAGAGUGUUGCAUUGCAGCAGCAAGCAAUCACAAUAUAUAGUGAAAGUGAAACAACUUUAUCGUCGUCGCGAGUUAUGAAGUAAUAAAUCCCGCAAAAGCAGAAGAAAAUAAACCAUCAGAAGGCGACGGCGUCGGCGGCACGGAAAGCGGAAGUGUUUGUGAGUGUGUGAAUAAAUGAGUGCUACAUGCAAUAAGAGUAUUAAGAAAUAUGAGCGCGGUAAUGCGGCACCUUCGAAGUGAUUAAUAGUAAAUUAUCCGACUUAUUAAAGCCUUUCGAGAUCGACGCAGUUUGCAGCAUUACAAACUACGCUGAGCACAUCGAGUCAUUCAUCCCGUGGCCCAUAGAGUGAGUGAGAGUCAAUGUUGCACCACCGACAUAACGCGUCUACCUCACAGCUGUCCUCUUCCUCUUCGAUUGGCUCUAUAAUGAACCACAGAGACCUGGAAGCGGAACUGGAUGAAUACCUGUCCGAAUACAAGCUGCAGGCACCUACCGAACCGAUCAGCCACUAUGCAGAUGGAGAGCUAGAAGCAGAAUGGUUAAACGCAGCAGGAUUUCCACAGCUUACCAGAGCCUUCGAAGAGGGUCGCGAGCUUUCCACGACAGAGCUGGUCCCGGUGAUUGCGAGCCUGUCGGCGGCACAUGCGGAAGCAGUCAAGCAACGAGUGAAAGCACUGAACCGGACCGUCCGCGGAAGAACACGCAACCGCGGUAGCAAAAAGCCCGACAUUCGGGAUGUCUUCCGGGAUCUGGAUUCCUCCAGUACCGGGACGCGGUCCCGAAGCGCUACUCCCGAUUCGCUAGAUUCGUUGCCCGGUGACGAGAGUUGGAACAGCAACGGUACCAACGGUACGCAUCAUCAUCACCAUCACCACAUUCCAAGUUUCGUGUCGGUGUUCGACGGCGGAAAUGGGGCAGUGGUGCGACCGACCCCAGUUCGCGGAAAGCAGAACCUAAGAAGGACACCCAGUGCGCCACUGCGCGGCUCGGCGGAACUAUUCCGGGGUACACAUGUGCGCUGUGACAUUCCCUUUCACAAUGAGGGCAUAGAGCUACUCAACUUUCAACGGUUGGGAACUAUCCACAUACCACGAAUUCGAUCGGGUUCUGACCCAUCCUGUACGAUUGGCCCACGUGCCGGUCAACACAUUUCCGGAACUCGCAGUCACACCAAUCUGUACAAUGGCAACCAGAGUAAUGAUGACUCCGGCAACUCGUCGUCCGAGCAAAGUCCACCGAGUUCGCCACCACGCAGCAGUUUGCUCUGUUCGGUCGAAAAUUCUCCCCUACGAUCCACUUCCUACGAACCGAUCAGCUUCGAGAGCAUGGUCAAACAGACGUCGACUCCCACAGAAGCGUGCCACAAACUAUGGCAGAACCUCCGGGAGACCUGCUGCGACAUCGACCAGGUAUCCGAGGGCGAUCUGAAACGACUGCAACCGCUGCUGUGGCUGGAGCUGGCGUCCCUGUUCGACAAGAAUCACGUCGCACUGGACAAGCGAAAACCGUUCAAACGGAAACGGAAGGAGGAAGGCAACGUUUUUGGCGUUUCGCUGAACGCACUGGUCAGACGUGACCAACAGAUUACCGGCGAGGACACCACCCUCGUGCCCUUGAUAUUGCAAGCGAUCUUAUCUCAGCUAAGGUUACGCGGUGCUAGAGAGGAAGGCAUUCUGCGGGUGCCGGGCCACAAGCAAAAGACCGAAACACUUUACAACGAGAUCGAGCAAAAUUUCUACUAUAAACCGGAAAAAGUGGAACCGCUGUUUAAGAAAGCGGGCGUUCACGAUCUGAGCGCACUUUUGAAGCGCUGGCUACGGGAACUACCUCAACCUUUGCUGGCAAACGAUUUGGUGCAUUUAUUCUAUCAAACGAAUGUUCUACCUCCACAUGAUCAGUACAAAGCGUUGGCUGUGCUUUGUCAGCUGUUACCACACGAGAAUCGGAACACCCUCCGGGAAUUACUGAACUUUUUCCGGCUAGUCGUGGAUCUGCAGGACUCGAACAAGAUGACACAACAGAACGUUGCUACCAUAAUUGCACCCUCGUUCUUUCCACCGAGAUUUAUACAUCCACCGGACAAGAGCAACAUAGGAGCUCAGGUCCGCAUGGCAGCGCAGUGUUGUCAUCUCACUAACGUACUCAUCACGCUCGCCGAUGCUCUAUGGCUGGUGCCAAAUCGUCUAAUCGACCAAAGCAAGAUGAUCAACAAGAAUGGACAGCCGAAACGCCAACUAACACGAAAAGCCAAAAAUCUUCCUACAAACAGCAGUGACUUUGUCAUCGAUACCAACCAUAUCCACAGAUUAGUCAUCUAAGCCAGAGUGCUGCAUAAACUAUAAGCAAUAGGUUUUAAGCUCGAUAGACAACGGUUCUAGUACUCCACUUUACUUCCAAAAUGCAACCAUUUAAAUCCAAUUAUAAUAGACUGCUAAAUAUGUAUGUACUGACACGGUACCGAAUUUACAACCAGAAAGAAGAAACGCGAAUUUAAUACACUAACUGCUGAACGAUGCAGCGAGUAUAUUUCUAAAAAAAAUCUCCGAUGUGUGUAACUUUGCAUUAAGAAAUGCUGCAGUUUAUGGCAGUCUAUUACCAUUGCUACUCUAAUUCAGUAUAAGUUUCAUUCAACGUGUGCCCGUGUGUUGCGUGCGUGUGUAAAAGGGGGGAAAAGUUUUUUUUUCUAUCUAAUCUACCGAAGCUGGAAAAUUGGCUUCUUCUGUUUAUAUGUUUAAUUUGCCGACGGCGCUCCAGAUUCACAUGGAACCGAACUAAAAAUAGAAUAUAACCUAAACUUUCCGGUUCAAAUUAACGAUCUGUUUGCUGAUCUGAUGCUAUCUUUAUAGAAGGAAAACCGAGUGCAGAUUGCAACGGUGCCACUUGGGUGGCACCGUGUCUUACUUAAAGAGAGGUGAUCUACUCUUUUUCUCAUUAUAGGAUAGCAAAAAAAGGUAAACCGUAUAUAAGUUGUACCAUUCGAUGAUGAUAGUCAUGAAACUGUAUAUUUAUUACGGUGAUAUAGUCAAAGAUUGUAGAUGAGAGUGGGGCAAAAUAACCGCUUUGCGCGGAGUAAAGUUUUUUUUAAUCCGUUUGGGGAUUCAAACAACUGGGGAAAAAGGGGAGUUAGAUUGUAUUUUCAUUUCUUAAGACUACAACAGUGCUUGAAACAUGCAUUAAAUUAUGUUUAAGCAACGCUUAGGAACUUUUUCGAAGAAAUUCAAUUCUUUAAAAUAAUAAAGUUGGGAGAAUGAAAUGGAGACGCACGGUGUUUUAUGUAAAAAAAUCAGCUUUCCAUUAAAUUCUAAGCAAAUUGCAUACCAUAAAAACACAAAAAACGAAUAUUUUCAAUGUUUUGCAAUUAUGAAGAACUCUUUAAUGCUCAUUCAUUGAAAUACUUUUCAUUUAAUAUCAAAAUCAUUAAAACCGGUUCAGUGAUUCAAAAGCUAUGAAUUUUUAAAUAUACGAAAGGUUAGAAAAAUUGGGAUGAUUAAGUUUAACCUUUUAAAAUCACUUAUUUGAGCCAUUGCAGUAAGUUCUUUUGCCGAUACGCCUAUAAAAUUAAGCAAACGUUUUUAAUUAAUUUAUUUAAGGGGCAUUCACGCCUCUCACGCCGAGGACCCGGGUUCAAAUCCCAACCCCGAAGAAGUCAUGAAUGACAUAAUCUAGUGACUAUAAUCUAACAAAAAAAAUUAUUUAAAUAUUCGAAAUAGCAUGGUUUAGGAAAAAUCAUAAUCAUAACAGAGAAACCAAUAGAAAGUAGUAAUUGCAACCAAUUACUCUUAAAUUUUACACAGUUGUUUGGAAACUUAAAAGGAAAUAAAAAAACUUUAUUCUCGCUUGCUACUAUAGAGUUCAUGUGUUCUUCCAGGAAAAUGUGCCCCACCCUAUUGUACAUACCCGAAGGAGCCCCGCAAUUAUUGAUUACCCUGUAGUACUACUACCUAUAUAAAAGUGUGCAAGCGAAAUAUUGAUAAAAUA